AUGUCGAAGAAAUUUGAUCCCGAGACGGCCGAGAACCUCGAGGAUAUGGAGAAGCAGUUCGCCGUUAAGGCCGUCGAACAUUUGAUGACCUAUUGGUCGAUUCUCGAGAAGGUCCCAGGCUCGAAGCUUCGGUUGACGAAGAUGGAUGAUCAAAUCCUCGAGAGCUUCAUGAAAGAAUUUCCCGAUUUCGAUCCCGCCGUAACCCUCAACGAGGAGGACAUGAAGAGCAAGGCGGGUAAGGAGAAGUGGCGCAACUGGAUGAAGCAGUACGAGAAAACGAUUGACGACUACAACUUUGGCACUAUGCUGCGCUCGAACCCCAAGUUUGAAUACGACCAGGAGACUACGAUCUUUGCCGUGCGCAUGCAAUUCUAUGCCGUUGAAAUCGCCAGAAACCGUGCCGGUCUUAAUGACUGGAUCUAUGAGAAGGCUCAGGGCAAGUCCAGCUCCCAUGGAAUAUUGACAUACACCAUGGCAGGUAUCCUUCAAUUCAAACGCUGCUUGGGCCGGAGGCCAAGUUGGCUUUCGCUCUUCAGCUUCACCACUAAAAAACACAUCCCAACUCUUUGCUUCGCCAUUCUUUUCGCAUCAUUAGCUAGUGCUAGUUCCCCGAUUUUUGCUACACUCCUUGGGGAGGCAUUCAACUCUUUAGCAUUGUUCGGUAGUGCUCAAAUCUCUGCCCAGGAACUAAUUCAAACGACAAAAGCAAGCUGUAUCAAACUGGCAUGCUUAGGUGUUUAUAGCUGGUUCUGCAACAGCAUCUAUUUCAUUCUUUUUGUGACCUUCGGAGAGCUCCAAGUCGCUAAUGCACGGGGCGCCCUCUUCAAAGGACUUUUGCAGAAAGACCAGGAAUGCCAAAUCUACGAGUUGCAGAAAUCAACGUCCCAGCCUCUGGGACUGCUACUGCAGUAUAGCUUCCGAGCCAUUGGCUCGCUGGCUCUGGCGUUUUACACCUCCUGGAACCUUUCUCUGGUCACGCUAGCAGGGAUCCCGGUCUUCUCCGCCAUGGCUUCAUUUAUCUCUUCUAAGAUGAAGUUCAAUAUUGAAGCACAGCAGGCUGAGUUGGCAAGCGCUUCGAAGGUUGUCAACAACACCACCACUUCGAUUGAUACAGUCAAGUGCCUGAACGGGGAAGCUUUUGAACUCUACAAUUUCUCGAGCAGGAUUGACGAGGCUGCGUCGCAGUUUUUGAAACAGGCGCGGUUGAACUCAAUUCAGAUAGCCCUCAUUCGAUUGAUGACGUACGGCAUGUUUGUUCAAGGCUUCUGGUACGGCAGCUCUUUGGCAUCGUCUGGGCGGCUCUCACCUGGUGACGUUUUGAGGACAUUUUGGGCUUGUCUCACCGCAGCACAGUCCAUCGAAUUUAUUAUGACUCAAGUAAUCGUACUAGAUAAAGGUGCGAUUGCAGCCUCUGCAUUAAAAAUGACCUUGAACAGGCAGACCAACGACGGCGGCCCGAAAGAAAUGGAGGGAGCAGUAUAUCCCCAUCAAUGCGAUGGCGAUAUUGAAGUGAGCGAUUUGUCUUUCGCAUAUUCGUCUCUGCCUGAGAUGCUCAGCUUGAACUCGGCAAGCUUCUUCUUCCCAGCGGGGGAGACAACUUUCGUCAUAGGAAAGAGUGGAUCUGGGAAAAGUACCCUAGGGCAACUACUCACACGGAUAUACUCGCCAACCUCUGGUGAAAUUCUCAUAGACGGCACACCCAUACAAACUUUGAGCAAGAACUGGAUCCGAAACAAUUUCACCUUGGUAGAACAACGGAGCAUUCUCUUCAACGAAUCGAUCUUCAUGAACAUUGCAUUUGGACGGCACGACUAUGACCAGAUCCGAAAAGAAGACGUUCAGGAAUGCAUCGACCUGGCGAUGCUGCAAAGCGUAAUCGACCACAUGCCGAACGGUAUCGACACGUGUGUGGGUUAUGGCGGUAGUUUUUUAAGUGGCGGCCAGAGACAAAGGGUUGCAAUUGCCCGGGCUAGAUUAAGAAAUACACAGGUCUUGAUCAUAGAUGAGCCUACAAGCGCUCUAGAUGGGACGAAUCGUCAUGAGGUGAUCCGAGCAAUCCGGGAGUGGCGCAAAGGGAAAACAACCAUCAUCAUCACACACGACAUGUCCCAUAUCUUGGACAGAGAUUUUGUGUAUGUCCUGGAUCAAGGAUCAGUGGUACAGGCUGGGUAUAGAUCUGAGAUUGAGAAACUAGGGAAUGAUUUCUUUCAUUUUAGCGAGGAAAGCUAUCCAUGUGAUUCCGGCGACAGCAUACUCUCAGAUAAUUCGGCUGAGCUUGAUAAAAACCGACGUAUAUCCUCUGUGCUUAUGGGCCUCAGACCCGAAUCCCGACUUUCAAUCGUGCCCACGCCACAAGACACCUUGCAAGAUGGAAUGCAGCUAGUUGACUUUACUGAACGGAAGUCAACUCAUCACAAAUCAAGCAAAAGAAAAGACCGACAAAUGUCUCUGUUCCAGAUAAUGCUAACGAUUAUACCUAAUUUGACCGUCGGGCAACGUGUUCUUCUGCUCCUUGGGCUUCUGUUCACUCUUUGCCACUCGAGCACCACCCCUAUAUUCGCUUACUUCUUAUCGAAACUCCAAGUAACUUUUUUUAACAAGACGAGCACUCUGAAAUGGGCCCUGGCCGUUUUGGGGGUCUCGAUAUCCGAUGGAAUGGUGUCCUUCUUCAUGCAUUAUCUUCUCAGUCUUUGUAGCCAAGCUUGGGUGGAUUGCCUCCGAAAAAGAGCCUUCCGCCGAGUUCUUGAUCAGCCGAAGCAAUGGUUCGAGGAGGAGGGAAACAGUCCGUCACAGCUGACCGCUUGCCUGACCCGAGAUGGUGAAGAAAUGCGAGAGAUACUUAGCCGCUUCGGUGGCUACGCUUUGGUUGCAGCUUCGAUUGCCGUGAUAGCGACUGUAUGGAGCCUGGCUGUUUGCUGGAAGCUGACUCUAGUUGCGCUUUCCAUUGGACCUGUGGUAUACGCAAUCACAAGAGGUUUUGAACGAAUCAGCGGAUUGUGGGAUAGACGCUGUAACGAGGCUAGGGGUGCAGCGUCGGAGGUAUUCGUUGAGACGUUCUCGGAGAUACGCACAGUACGUACCCUGACACUAGAACCGUUCUUUCAGGGCAAGCAUACGAAAGCCUUGUUGAAAUGUCUCACAACGGGGCUGCGGAAGACGGGUUAUACAGGGUUCCUCUUUGGGCUGGUCGAGUCUGUUAUCGUCUUCGUGAGCGCAUUGAUUAUCUACUACGGGGGACUUCUGGUGUCGGUUCUAGAAUACACCGUGGAGGAUAUCAUGACAGUCCUCUCGAUGCUGUUAUUCAGCAUUGGAUAUGCAAGUGUAGUACUUUCUUGGAUUCCGCAAAUCAGUGCAUCGCGAGAGAGAGGGUCUAGACUCUUACAGAUUGCAAACCUUGCCGGAGCUUCACACGAGCGUGUGGGAUACAUGCCCGCAAUGCCGACACCGGUAAAGCUCACCAGGUUGAACUUCCGGUACCCAUCUCGGCCAAAUGCACCAGUCUUGAAAGACGUUUCCUUCACCAUCCCCGAGAACUCAUGUACAGCAAUUGUAGGCCGGUCUGGGUGUGGUAAAUCGACCAUAGCCUCGCUGUUACUAGCUCUGUACGAAUCGCCCGCUUCCGAUAGUGUACCAGCCAUUUCACUUGGCGGUGUUGAUAUACGCAAAUUACACACUCCAACGCUUCGCUCCGUUGUGGCGAUCGUCUCACAACAACCGACGAUAUUCCCGGGGACCAUCGAAGCCAAUAUUAGCUAUGGACUGGAAGGGUCUCUUCGGGAUCCUCGCAACGUCCGCGAUGCAGCAAAGGCAGCGGGGGUGGAUGAGUUUGUAUCAUCCCUUCCGCAAGGCUACUCUACCGUUAUUGGAGAUGGCGGAGUUGGGUUAUCCGGCGGGCAAGCGCAGCGAGUGGUGAUUGCGCGGGCACUUGUCCGUCGCCCUCGGAUUUUGAUUUUAGAUGAAGCUACAUCAGCCCUUGAUCCGGCCAGCGCUGAAAUCAUCCGACAUACUGUGCAGAAGCUAGUGAUGUCACAGGUAGGCCUGACGGUGAUUAUCAUCACCCACGCCAAGGAAAUGAUGGAGAUUGCGGAUAAUGUGGUUGUUCUGGAGCAUGGGUGUGUUGUUGAAAGUGGGCCAUAUAAAACGCUGGCGAAACGACCUCAUCUGCAAGCAUUGAUAAACGAUCAGAGGACAUAGUAGUUAAACAUAUAGGAGAAUCUCAAUAAUUCUGAUCAAUCAUGUCUAAAAAGCGCUCCUUGAUACCUCCGAGCGAUGUCAAAGUUCUUUGCCG